AUGCUGUCUGACAUUAGUGAGCCUGGCCCGUGCUUCGAAUAUUUCCUGCACACUUCCUACCAAGACUGGGAUUCAGUUCGGUAUCAUAAGUUUUGGAAAAAUAGCGGUUUAGCUUUGGACAAAUCGACAUUAACAAGAAGUUUUCUCAAGCAAAUACAACUUAUACAAGCUCAAGUAGCUACCCAUGGAACUGCGUCUUCGCAUGGUUAUGGACUGCGUCUCCGCUACUACAGCUACCCAUGGAACUGCGUCUUCGCAUGGUUAUGGACUGCGUCUCCGCUGUUGGCUACAGCUACCCAUGGAACUGCGUCUUCGCAUGGUUAUGGACUGCGUCUCCGCUGUAGCCAGCUUGUUGAAUCUAAAAAGAAUGGGCGUAUUGACAGAUUUUGGUUAAAGUCUUUGCCUGAGCAGAAUCGCAAACUUUCGAAAGAUGAUAAGAUAAACGCCGAAACCGUAUUUGUAUCCUGCGAUUUGCAAAUCGGCGGAACAUCUUGUAAUAAUAGCGUACAACUCGGUGGUACCAGAAAUGAGAAUGAACAGCCGUAUGAAAAACGUGUACAAGCGGGCGUUGUGAGACAAACUCUAGAAGAAAUAUAUUCAUCGGAUUUAUCUGAAGGAGUUUCUCCAGUCGGGAAUACAGACGAUAUUAUCAACGCCAGAACUUUUUCAAAAAGAGAUUUGAAUUGUGAAAAGAACGAUGAUGUAGUUACAAAACGGAGUAAAAUCGAGGAAAAAUCACAAGAUCUACCUAUUGAGGCCACCUCCGAAAAGAGCACUGAAGAUGAAUCACGUAAUACUCCAUCACCAUUCAUUUAUAUUAACUCAGAUAGUGAAACUGAUGAAGAGCAUAAAUUGGAUGAGGAUGAUGACGGAUUCUUUGAUGAUAUGAAAGCGGUUUCAUUCAAUGAUUAUUUAAACCAAAAUAAAGAAUCCGAAUGGAAAUUAAGAGAUGGUCGUCUAAUCGUUGAUAUUGUUAACAUUAAGACCGCUGAGUUAAUAAAAUUAGCUUCGGAGAGAGAGAAGAAAGAACGAACGCAAUUUAUGAAAAGUGUUAUCCGAUUAGGGCUUUCAUCAAUUAUCGAUUUGUCUUCAGAGUUUGAAGAUGGAAUGUAUACAUGGUUUGAGCAGGAAUGGACAGAUAUUAAAAGAAAGGUCUAUGGAGUCGUUAAUAUGGAGCCGAACGUUUUCGAAGGAGAGAUAACAAAUGUUAUUGAUAUUGUCGAAGAGAUGUGCGAUAAGUACAAAUAUAAUGAAGUUCGCGACUAUUUAUUUAAGAUUAGAACUGGCGAUCAUUCUCAAAUAGUACAGCAAAUAGCCACAGUAUAUUUCUACGUGAUCGAUGAAUUUUUAAAAAAUCCGUUCAUAUUUGUAGACAAAACAGGCAAAUAUCAGGAACUCAGCGAGAUUGAAUAUGCAAUGGCUAUGACUACACCAAUAAUUAAUAAUGUAUUCAGUGACACCUUUGAUUAUCUAAAACUUCGCUGGGGAGAAACAUUAUCUAAUCCCAUGUCUGAUCGUCGUCGAAAAAUCGAUUUGAGAAUUGUUCAUAAGGCCAAAAAAUUUGAACUCAGCCAUUCCGAAUGCGCCAAAGCUCCUACUCCUGGAAAAGCUGUGCAAGAUCGUUCUAAAUGUUUACGAACAUUGAAGGGUGUUCUUGAUAAUUUGUUAAAAGAAGAUUUAUCGGAUGAAGAAGUUCAGGACUCAAAAAUAUUAGGCAUACAGUUUGCUGGGAUAGAACUACUUGAUGAUGGACUGUAUUUCGGAUUAGAGGGACCAACUUUUAGUUUUCCAGCGCAACUAAUAAAUAUAAAAUGUCUUCGUGGAGCUUUGGAGGCCUUAUAUUUCUUCAAACAAGAAAUUGUUAAAAAAAUGAUGCUAAUACCUGAUCCAAAAAAGGUGAAUCACCCAUAUAAUCAGAUAUUUCACUCAAAUUCGGACAAGAAAGAAACAGUCAUACUCAAGGAUCUAAUGUUAACUGAAGAAUCAAAUGCUGAUACGCAUUCCUUUAGGCAAAGGUCUUGGGCUUGA